CCAACAAUUGCCGAUGGGCGAAACGUAUGAAAAGCUCGUCGCCUUUGCCUCACCCUUCUUCUCUCCUCCAUCCCCCUCUUUCUCCUCUCAAAUCUUCACUCACAUUUUCCUCUUCUUCACUCUCCAUCCUACCCUUCUUUCCCUCCAUAUACCCCCCACACAUCUCACCAUGUCUGCCCCCGCACACAAGCACAAGGUCGCUGACCUCUCCCUCGCGGCUUUCGGUCGCCGCGAGAUCGAGCUUGCUGAGAACGAGAUGCCCGGUCUUAUGGCCACCCGUGCCAAGUACGCCCAGGAGCAGCCAUUGAAGGGUGCUCGUAUCGCCGGUUGCCUUCACAUGACCAUCCAGACUGCCGUACUCAUCGAGACCCUCACAUCCCUCGGUGCCGAGCUCACCUGGACAUCAUGCAACAUCUUUUCCACCCAGGACCACGCCGCUGCUGCCAUUGCCGCCUCCGGUGUCCCUGUCUUUGCCUGGAAGGGCGAGACCGAGGAGGAGUACAACUGGUGCUUGGAGCAGCAGCUCACUGCCUUCAAGGACGGCAAGCACCUCAACUUGAUCCUCGACGACGGAGGUGACCUUACUGCUCUCGUUCACAAGAAGUACCCCGAGAUGCUCAAGGACUGCUACGGUGUCUCUGAGGAGACCACCACCGGUGUCCACCACUUGUACCGCAUGCUCAAGGACAAGGAGCACGGUCUCCUUGUCCCUGCCAUCAACGUCAACGACUCCGUCACCAAGUCCAAGUUCGACAACUUGUACGGCUGCCGCGAGUCUCUGGUCGAUGGUAUCAAGCGUGCCACCGAUGUCAUGAUCGCCGGUAAGGUCGCUGUCGUUGCCGGUUUCGGUGAUGUCGGCAAGGGCUGUGCCCAGGCUCUCCACAGCAUGGGUGCCCGUGUCAUCGUCACUGAGAUUGAUCCCAUCAACGCUCUCCAGGCCGCCGUUUCCGGCUUCCAGGUCACCACCAUGGAGGAGGCUGCUCCCCAGGGUCAGAUCUUCGUCACCACCACUGGCUGCCGUGACAUCCUUACUGGCACUCACUUCGAGGCCAUGCCCAACGACGCCAUCGUCUGCAACAUUGGUCACUUCGAUAUCGAAAUCGAUGUUGCGUGGCUCAAGGCCAACGCCAAGUCCGUCCAGAACAUCAAGCCCCAGGUUGACCGUUUCCUCAUGAAGAACGGUCGCCACAUCAUCCUCCUCGCUGAGGGUCGUCUCGUCAACUUGGGCUGUGCUACUGGUCACUCUUCCUUCGUCAUGUCUUGCUCUUUCACCAACCAGGUCCUUGCCCAGAUCAUGCUGUACAAGGCCGGUGAUGAGGCGUUCGGCAACAAGUACAUCGAGUUCGGCAAGACCGGCAAGCUCGACGUCGGUGUCUACGUUCUGCCCAAGAUCCUCGACGAGCAGGUCGCCCUCCUCCACCUUGACCACGUCAACGUCAAGCUCUCCAAGCUCAGCAAUGUCCAGGCUGAGUACCUCGGCCUCCCCAUCGAGGGUCCCUUCAAGAGCGACAUCUACCGUUACUAGAUUUUCUUUUCUUGCAUCUGUUCACCUGUUUUUUUAUUUUCUGAAAGAUUCAACACGACGUCAUGAAUU